CACCUAGAGAGCGGAGAGUGACGUAAAGGCAACGGGUGAAAGGCCCCCCCUCUUAAGUCGCCGCCGGUGACUCCAAACCGUCAUAAAGCAAAAGUAUCUCAGAAUCUCCCAUUACCAUUUACAUAAAGAUCUUCACUUUUUGGCUUCAACUCUCUCAUCUCUUUACUCUCUUCCAGGGUAAGACCUUCUAGGAAAUGAUCUUCUAAGAGAGAUAUAAGUUGGGGAACUCGAUAUGGAGGGGAAAUCCAAGAAAGUAACAGAAAAGGCUUGUGUUUCGGUUGAGAGAGUUGAGUCUACUUUACUCUCAUCUCUUGUGAAGAAGAAAGGCAAAGAAACAACGAGUAAAAGAAAGUAUAAUAAGCGCAAAACCGAGGAAGAGAUAUGUUCUCGAGGAUUGGAAGAAGAGGAGGAUGAGGGUAAGAAAAGGAGGAGGAGGAAAAGCAAGAUACAGCAAAAGAGUAAUAAGGUUGAGGAGGUAGAUGAAGCUUUACGGCUUCAGAGGCGAACAAGGUAUCUGCUUAUUAAGAUGAAGAUGCAGCAGAAUCUCAUCGAUGCUUACGCAGCCGAAGGUUGGAAAGGUCAGAGCCGGGAAAAGAUAAGACCAGACAAGGAGCUGGAGAGAGCAAGGAAACAUAUCUUAGACUGCAAGCUUGGACUACGAGACGCCAUUCGUCAGCUGGAUCUUCUUAGCUCGGUGGGAAGGAUGGAGGAGAAAGUGAUGGCUCCAGAUGGUUCUAUUCAUCAUGACCAUAUAUUUUGUGCGGAAUGCAAUUCUAGAGAAGCUUCUGUGGACAAUGAUAUAAUACUUUGCGAUGGAACGUGUAACCGCGCUUUUCACCAGAAGUGCCUUGACCCUCCUUUGGAAACAGAAAGCAUACCUCCUGGAGAUCAAGGCUGGUUUUGCAAAAUUUGUGAUUGCAAAAUAGAAAUCAUCGACACCAUGAAUGCACAAAUAGGGACUCAGUACCCUGUGGACAGCAACUGGCAGGAUAUCUUCAACGAAGAAGCUAAUCUUCCUGUUGGAUCUGAAGCUACACUCAACAAAGAAGCGGAUUGGCCUUCGGAUGACUCUGAGGAUGGCGACUAUGACCCUGAAAUGAAGGAAAGAAGCAACAGCAGAAGCGAUAGUGGUGGUGGUGGGGGUGAUAAUGAUGGAGGAAGCAGUUCGACUAGUGUGAGUUUAGCUUCUGAUGGUGUAGCUCUCUCAACAGGAUCAUGGGAAGGUCAUGAAUUUGGGAAUGCGGUGGAAUCAGGGGAGGCACGUCAUGAAGAAACUGUACAUGGGCCAAGACAGCGGAAGACUGUUGACUAUACAAAACUAUACCAUGAAAUGUUUGGGAAGGAUGCUGUGUUGCAAGAGCAAGGUAGUGAAGACGAAGACUGGGGUCCAAGUGACAGAAGGAAGAGAAGAAAGGAAUCUGAUGCAGCGAGCACAGUUGUAACUAUGUGUGAAAAUAGUAAGAAAGAUGAAGAUGUUGUUGAAGAAGUGCAGGAACAGAGUGAGAGAGAUCCUGUUUCUGUUGGAGGUAAAGGAGGGAGACGGCCAAUUUUCAGAAUCCCAAGAGCUGCAGUUGAGAAGCUACGUCAAGUGUUUGCAGAGAAUGAGCUUCCUUCAAAAUCUGUGAGGGAUAGUCUUUCAAAAGAGUUGAGUCUUGAUCCAGGGAAGGUGAGCAAAUGGUUCAAAAACACACGGUACAUGGCAUUGAGGAAUAGGAAGGCGGAGAGUGUGAAACAACCUGAGGACUCGAAGGUGUUGUUGUCUGGAGAUUCUGGACCAGAAGCAGUCAUGGAGAAAAACACAGAAGCAGAUGAGAGUCAUGAUAACAUGGAGGAGAUUGUCAUGGAGAAAACCACAGAAACAAAUGAAAUUCAAGAAACGGAUGACGAGACUGUCAUGGAGACUAACACAGACACAAAUCAAAUUCAAGAAACUAUGGAGGAGACUGUCAUGGAGAAGAACACAGAAUCGAAUGUAAUUCAAGAGACCAUGGAUGAGGCUGUCAUGGAGAAAAACACAGAAGCAAAUGAAACUCAAGAUACCAUGGACGAGGCUGUCAUGGAGGAAAGAACAGAAGCAAACGAAAUUCAACGAGAAACCAUGGAGGAGACUAUCAUGGAGAAAACCACAGAAGCACAUGAAGUUCAAGAUUCCAUGGACGAUGAGACUAAUACAGAAACAAAUGAAAUUCAAGAGACCGUGGACGAGGCUGUCUUGGAGACUAACACAGAAACAAAUGAAGUUCAAGAUACCAUGGACAAGUCUGUUCCGCUCUUGUUUAAUGACCCUACGAAUCAGACAACAGUUUCUCCUUGUCAUGAUGAUAACAACGAGGAAAUUCAACACGCCAAUGACUACUUUCCUACACCCAUAGAAGAAGAAAAUCAACAGUAUCUGGAGCAGAAAGACUCUUCUCUGACUCUACCGCCACACGAAGAGGUAAGCAGCGAAAUGAGCUUGGAGACAUCUCUUGAAGAUAAUGAGAGGAAGGAAGUGGAAGAAUUCGAAGCAGUAAUGGAGAUGCUUUGUAGGGCAGAAAACAAGUUACUGGAUGUGACACAGAGGCUUGAGAGAUUUAGAACACCGAAAGGCCGUAAAAAGUUAGGCAAGUCUUCUUCCUGUUUACAUGAAGAAGACUCAGUAGUGUAUGUUCCAACACCAGAGAUCAAGGACGGAAGAUAAAAAGAAACUUAGAGAUCUCUUGCCCAAGUUUUGGUUAUCGUUAGAUUCUUUGAGAACUUCAGACUAAGACUGUCUCAUGUAGCUGUUGUAUUAUUCAGUUUGUGUGUGUAAUUUAAACUAAUUUUAAAUAAUAUCCACAUCAGAUGUUUUGAA